CCAUUAGACACAAUCUAUCUCUCCACAAUCGAUUUAUGCGGGUACAAAAUGAGGGAACCGGUAAAUCUUCGUGGUGGAUGAUCAACCCUGAUGCCAAGCCAGGCAAGUCAGUCAGACGACGAGCACUAUCGAUGGAAACGUCCAAAUCAGAAAAAAGAAGAGGGCGAGUUAAAAAGAAGCCGGAAGCGUUGCGAAAUGGCAUAGCCGCAGAUACAACACCAAGUCCCAGCAGCUCAAUAUCGGAAAGUCACGACAUAUUCCCGGAUUCACCAGUUCCCAGUAGCAGCAGUUUUCAGCUAUCACCGGACUUCCGUCAAAGAGCCUCUUCGAACGCUUCGUCGUGCGGCCGAUUAUCUCCAAUCCCGUCGCUGUUACAUUCAGAAACAGAUUGGCAAACGGAUUACGGGCCUGCAUCGGAUUUUACAUCAAAUACUGAUUAUUCUCAAGACUUCGCGCAAGACGAAUUGGCCGGCACUCUCGCAGACUCCAUGAAGCUACACGGAGAUCCCUUCCUAAAUACAUAUGUCCCAACGACGUCGUCAUCAUCGUCUGGCGGUAGUUUCCGCUAUACGUACUCGUGUCCGCGGCACCCGCACGGCAGUUGCGCGUGCGCGUCGCUCUUCCCCGCGCACCCCGCGCACCCUGCACACCCCGCGCACCCUGCGCACCCGCACGCGCUCGAUCACUUUUUGCGACCCCCGCCACCAGCUGACCCUGCUGAUAUCAUGCAGACAGAAAAUAGCCAAACUCAAAUGGUGACGACAUCUGAUGCUGCGCUAAUGAACGGAGGUAUGAUGGUGCAAGCCGGAGUGAUGGGCCCCACCACAGUCAUGGGGCAGAUCAUGGGAGCCCUGAAUACAGGCCUUGCGGAGGACCUGAAUAUUGAAACGUUAGAACAUAGCUUCGAUUGUAAUGUUGAUGAGGUAAUAAAGCACGAGCUGAGCAUGGACGGUAGCCUCGACUUCAACUUCCCGCAGCAACAGAUGGCCGCGGAGGCCGAGAGCCACUUCGCGGCGCCGGCCCCGCCCGUUCCCACCACUCUCUCUGGGGGGGGACAACGCACUCCUUACACCGUUGCCCCCUCUUGGGUACACUGAAAUGCCUAUACUUAUAGCCUUUCAACAAAUCGUCAUAUUAUGUUCAACAUUUCAAAAUUUUUAUAUGAUUUCGAUUAUGUUUUAGUAUGUAUAUAAAUUGUUACGUAUUCAAGAUAUAUUUGUUUUUAUCAUUUAGUCUAUGUUAAGGAUGGUUACGUUUGCCGAGUAGUGUCACUAGAAUGUGCUAAUUAGUUGUUAUGUGGUGCGGACGGGACGGGGCAGAAUGGCACUAUUGUGGACGUUAAGUUGUACCAGGGCUUGCAGAAGCAAGGACAAAGUUGAAAUGUCAACGCACAACGGUCGUAACCGACGAGCGAGAUCGCAGUCGAGACUGAUACGUGUAUUUUUGAAGAUAUGAAUAUAAGUCGAUCAAAGUGAAUCAUUCUUAUUCAAUUAUUCAACUUUUUUAUCAUUAAGGUUAUGUGACAUCGCGUAAGUUAAGUAAUCGAUGUAUAAUUAAUUCCCAUUAUAGUUCUCCCGUCGAUUAUUUAUAGUAAUUUUAUUUGUUUCAAUAUUAAGCUUAAAUUUAUGUUAGUGACGAAAAGGGCUUCGAGCUCAGUUAUCAUUGCCAUUUUAGCUUUUAAUUUUACAUCUUCGGAUACAGAUGGGCCAAUUAUGUUUACAUAUAAUUAUAUCUAAGGAAGUAAUUUUGUAAAAUAUACAAACAUCAGUUUUAUAAUUGGUUUCCAAUUUGAUAUUAAGGAAUUCCUACUUCAGGUUCAACCGUAAAAUGCAUAAUAUGGCGUAAUAUAACCAUAUAACGUGUAUAUAACAAUUUAAUUCCAGACAUAUUUACGAUGCAUUCUAGUACAUAACAUAUGUAAUUAAAUGGUUAUAAGUUAUAACAUUUCAAACCCCGCUGUUUAAUUCAAAUAGAAUAACAAUAUAAUAACGUCAUAUAUAUUUUUACGAUUGCCAUAUGUAACCAAAAAUUUAUGAAGUACCAAUAAAUUGCUCAACAAUUUCGACGCCAAAAUCAUGCUUUAUUUAGGAACAGUAAAGUAUAAUAGACACAAUUGUAGUGGGUACAUUGUAAAAUUGUUGAUAAUAGUGCCUGUUUGUAAAAAUAGUUGCGAUGUUUUAAUGCUCAUUGUUGUUUGUUGAAGGUUUCAUCAUAAUAUACAUAUGGGACACUAUGUUAUGUCUGGUGUUGACGUGAAAAAUGAAUAGUCAGACCUCUAGUCCCGAAUAAUUAAUAAGUUCUAAUUAAGCGUCUUUUGCGGCCAGCAUCGAUAUGUCUAGCCGUAUGGCAACAAAGGAUACAUGGAAUAUUAGCUGUACAAUCAUGAAACAAACUCAAUAUUUGAUGUCAUCUCUUGUGACAGCUACUUUUAAACAUGCAAGUGAUUACAGUGGUGGUUACGGCAGAGGAAAAUGACAAUAUUUUCCUCGACACGCUUCAUCAUAUAAUUCAAAACCGUUGAUAAUUAUCGCGUAAAGCCAUAUUAUUGUAAAAUGUUUAUUUAUACAAAAAUAUGUCUUACGUUGCGGUUGAAGUGUCAUUGUGCAUAUGAUACGCAAAAAUGUCGCGUUUAUUGUAAUGAAUAAUUCCACCGCUGUUUAAGUACAUACAUGCAAAGGCCUGUUAGGAGUUCACUCUAUUAAUUACCUCAGUGGACUAUUUGUGAUAGAUUUAGCCAGUAAGUGUUCAAUUCAACAACUUUACUGUAAAUGUAAGUAAGUCAAUUCUUAUUAUAUUUGGCGUCCAUGUUAUGAGGAGAGCAUUAUUUUUUGCCUCUUAUUAUUAUUUUUUGUAAGAAAAAUCCCUUUUUGUUACAUUUUACAUACAGCUGAUAUUGGUGCUAUAGUUAAAUAUUAUAUAGCGCAUUUUAAAACAAAUAUUUAAUAUUUUAUUAACAUUCGUGUAUUCGUAAUUGAAAUCAUCGUACAAAAUUAAUUAUAAAAACGAAACUGUGUUCUUUGCCAUAUUUAGGCAGAGGUUGCAUAAAAAUGUUUUACUUGUAAAUAUAAUGUAGAUAAAUUGAGUUACUUUUAUACUUUAAUUGAAUGUCCGACAUCAGAAUCUAUAAGAUUAAGUUUAUAGCCAAAUAUUCAGUACAUGUUAUAACGCGACACAAAUAUGAAUGUAUGUUAAGUAUAAGUAGGGAUUCAAUGUUAGGUGACUCGCAUCCACGGAGGUAUCUCACGUUAGAUAGGUUUAUAAGGUUGUUGACCAUUAUAAAAUAAUGUUAUACGAGUUAGGAAUCGAUAACAUUAGCAAAAUAAUCCACGUUCGACGCCGACUGUAAUAUGAAAUUUUGUCGUGUCUUUUAACAGUUUUAGGUGUGGAUUAAUUUGCUCGUAACAUCGAUGCAGAGGCAGGCGCUAUGUCAAUCCAUGUGGUCAAUUAAGUAAGGAUCUAAUGAGUCUGUGCUUAUAGGUCUAAGGUCUUUAGUCGAAGAACAUAGUAAAUUGAUUUAUUUGGUAAUGAAACAAUCUUUUUUUAUAUAAAAAUCGGUGUUGUAGUUAAGAUUUGUGAUAAUUUUGGUUCGAUAAUCGCUUUGAUUGUCAAAGUGAUGUUUAUUGCUUUUAAAAGUAAUAAAUUAGCUAUGUAUUAUAUAAUUGGGUUAUUUUUUACGCAUAUUAUCAAUAAUGAAAUUGUAAAAUAAACACACUAUCAAUAUGACCCAUCAAAUAAGCAAAAUUUGACGAUGCAUGAGGAGAAUCACUAAUGCCUGAAAAAUUAAUUUUUCAAAUCAUAUGAAUGAACCAUUUUAAAGUUAUGACCAGUUAGUGAAAUUACGGAUUAAUUAUUAUUAUUGAAUCAUCAAAAUACAUUAGUUGGUACUUAGUAAAGUCAAGGUCACUCAUAUUAAUACGAUCUAGGGUCUGCGAUGCGUAUGAACUAUGCUAUGACUCCAGUAGUGCAGUAUGUUAUAGGUAGUUAAUUUGGGUACACGUACCUUGUGUUAUGUGGAUGAAUUAUUGUAACGUGAAAUUGACCAGUGUUCGUUUAAUGAGUUUUAGGUACAUAUAAAGUAUAAAAAUUACCAAGGUUUAGUUAUAUCAUUUGACUUUCUGUAAGACGUCUGUUGUCUCGUAUGUUUAACUUAUUUAGUAGAAUGUUUUUUCCUAUGUUUUGCAUUGUUCUUCAAAGGAACGAUGCUGAAAUCUUUUUUGUUGUUUUUAUUUUUGGUAUAUUAUUAAUUUUUUAUUGUAAUUAAAAAUUACUUUAACGUAAAAGUCUACGGUAAAUUAGCUAAGGUAGAAAAAGUUAUGUGUUAAAUGUAAAUAUGUAGACAAAACCUGUAUGUAGGAGUACAUAAAUGUUAUUUAUGUAUUAAAUUUGAUAUUGUUUUCAAAAUUGAA